GGCAACUACCCUUUAUAAUUUUUGACGAAUAGCACACUUGGUGAGCGGGUCAAAAUAUUUCAUAUUUUAUUUAACUGUAUUGUCACAAAGUGUACAAAAUCAAAAAGACAAUUUCGCAGAGCGACAAAUGAUUAAUUUAGAAUUUAGAAACAAAAAGAAAACCUAAGUUUUAUCAUUUAGAAUUAAAGUCACUCAUCAAUUUAAAAAGAAUAUCCAAGGAAAGGAGAAUCAUCCUCUUGCUCCAGUUAUCUCCAUGGACAAGAAAGGGGAAACGAUGAACUAUGUCACUUCGGUGAUCAGAGCCCUUAUAACAUCCCGCAAACCGCCGGUUGGUUUGAAGGCCAUAAUAAAUGACUAUCACGAUGUUGAGGGUCAGCCGUUGCCAUUUCGUGAAUUGGGCUACAAAUCUGCCCAGGAAAUGCUUACCGAUACGAAUGCAUUCACCUUUCAAACUGUCUGGGGAGAGGUGCAUAUAUCGGCAAAGUAUAAUGAAAAAACGGCUCAUAUAGCGUCUAUGGUGAAAAAGCAGAAAACUAGUAGUAGGAGGCCAGCAAUUUGCGCACGACCGGCACCACCUAGAUCCUAUAGAGCAUCAGUCGCAAGCAAUUCAGUUGCAUACAGGCAGCCGCCCAUACAAAAGCAGAGAAACUUCCAGGCGCAGCAGCAACCGCCGCAACAGCAGCAGCAGCAACGCCUACAACAACAGCAACAGGAAUUCCAAAACCAUCAAAAACAACAACAGCAACAAGAGGUGGAGCAUUUGCGUCGUGAGUUGGAGCAACGUUUGGAAUCUGUCCGCCAGCACGAAGAGUCUUUGAAGCGACUCCAAAAACAACAAGAAGAGCAACAACAAGUGGAUCAACUGCGCCGUGAAUUGGAUCAACGUAUGCAAGCAGUUUCCGCCCAAGAGGAAAAACUGAAGCAGUUACAAGAGCUAUUACUCCGGGAGCAGGCCAAAUACAAGGAGGAUUUGCAGCGUCAGCAGGACCAAAUACGACAAGAGGCGCGUGAUCUGAAGGCAAAGAGAAUCGAAAAAGAACUCGAGAAACUGCAUCGUGAAAAAGAGCUAGAGCUAGAGGCCAUCAAGAGGCAACAGCAACAAGAACAACAACAACGGGAGCAAAUCGAAAAGGAGAAACAGAAAAACGUUUCAAUUAUAGUCCAUUCCGGUAAUGAGAAUAACUCAGACGGGAUGGACUCUAAAAUGAAGGCCCAAAAUAUGCGUCCCAUUCUAGGUAAUAGUGCUCCAGCGGUUGGUAAUGGACGAGGCACACCAGGUCGUAAUGGUGGUGGUGGUGGAUACCACCAACGUGGACCACAGCAGCAACAUCAGAAGCACCAGCAGCCCCCACCAUCGUCAUCCCCAUUCACUCCAAGCUCCUCUGUGAAUAAUAGACUGAAGCUCAAGCAGAUGCCCGUUCCCGCACCUAUAACUCCACCAGCUACUCCCGAGAUGGUGAGUAAAACAAAGCCCAAGUUAUCACACAAAGAGCAGCCAAAGGCGGCUCCAAGUCCACCAGCACUUCCAGUUGCUCCCAAACGCAAGGUGGGGGGCAACUUCCUCUUUGAUUCUACAGUUGAUCCGGUGACAUCUUUGGCUCUUUACUGCAAAGCCCAUGGCUUGGAAAACCCUCAGUAUCAGAUAUUUGGCUCACGCAACAGUUACCAAUGCUCGGUGCGCAUCAAUGUCGAUGUGUAUAGUAGCUAUCCGGCCGAGUUUCCCAAUGAGUUGGCCGCUCAUAUGGCCACCGCUCGCAUAGCCAUUGAUCGGAUAAGCUUUUUGGAGUCACGUAAACAUUUAAGUAUAAGCACCAUGAAGGAUGAAGACUUUCUGGAGACCCUGUAUGAGGAGUUACUCAAAUAUCCACACGGCAUAUUGGGUCAUCGUCUAGAGCAAUGGUAUGAGGAGACAUUUAAGCAUCUGUUACCAAGUCAUUGGUAUGAUUUGAUAAGCGAAUAUAGUAAAAUAAGGAUUGAGCAUGGUAUUAGUCCAAAGAUUAUCGUCUUUGCCAAUCCUCCAGAGGCACAAGCUGCAGCCCAUCAGCAGCAGCUGCUUCAUCAUUCGUCAAGUGAGUUGGAAGACUUACCAUUGCCCUGGUUAAGCGACGAUGGCACUCAGGAUUGGAGUAUGUACAUAACACAUUGUGAUUCCACCCAACAUGUCUGGGCACGGUUAAUAGAUCACAAUUCCAGUUUCGAGACCUUGACUGAGCAUAUGAACAAAGAGAUGCUUUCGAAUGAGUAUCGUAUAAAAGUCCUAGAGCCACAGGAGCAAGAGAUCUAUCUGGUUGAGGUUAGCGAUGUCUGGAAUCGCGUCCGAGUUCUGGAAGUGGAUGCCCAACGUCGUACUUGUCGCUGUCAUUUCGUGGACUUUGGUGAUGUGGUUAGCUUUGACUUUAACGAUUUGUAUUUGUGUGGUCCACAUUUUUUGGUUGUGCCUUGCCAGGCUGUAUGCUUGAGUAUGUAUGCCUUGGAGAAAUUCGAAGAUCACCCCUAUGCGUAUGAUGUGUUGUGCAAAGAGCUCUCCGGUCAGAGUGUGGUUGCUCGCAUCCUGACGACACAAAAACAAUAUUUGGAACAGGGUGGUCAUCCGCAGGGAUUACUCGAAAAGAGCAAGCGAAAGGCGUGCCUAGUGGGCACCUUUUAUGAUACAUCCACCGCCGAGGAUGUGCACUUGAAUGAUCUGGUCGUUAAGGAGAUAACACAAAGUACACGCCCACCUAGACUGAAUCUGGAGCAGAAAUCGAAUCCAGUCCUCGCCGCUCACAUCAAUGAUAUGGGUGAUUUGAUGGUAUUGAUACGAAAUGAUGAUCUCAAAUUUGUGGAGCGUAGUAUAGCAAAUACCGUGGCGGCUGGCAUCGAUGAGAAGCAUCGUGUUCAAUAUUCUGAUCUAUUGAGGGAUAAUCUUGUCUUUGUUUGCGAUGAAUCCGCUGGAGUGGAUGCCCCCAAGCAAUGGUAUCGCGGCAUGUUGACCUCCAAGCCCAAGAAUCAAGAUGAAGAGACUUUCGAUAUCUAUUAUGUGGAUGAUGGAAGAUUGCGCAAGACGCACAUUUCCAAUAUCUAUCGACUGGAGGCCAAUAAUCUGGCUUUGGCCUCGUUUCCACCGCAAGCUUUGCGUGUUCGUUUGCAUGAUGUGCCUCCAAUUGAUGCCCAGAUGUUGGGUAGUCUACGUGGAUUGAUUCCACCACGCAGUGAAGUGUUGCUAAAAGUUAUGGAAAGUGGAGUAACAGAUAAACUUCCCAUGGUUAACAUAUACAUAAGAGGCCAGGAUGCCAAUGCCAUGUAUUUGUGUGUUAACAGCGCCAUACGAAUGGAAUACGAGAUGAUGAGCACCGCUCGUGUGGAUCAUUUCGAUGAUGGCGGCUUACAUUUCAAUCCCAAUGGCCAGCUAUUGCGUCGCAGUAGCUUCAGCUCCAUUGUCUCCAGCCAUAGUAGUGCCAGCAGCUCUACAAAUUGCAAUAACAAUCAUGAAAAUGUGGCAGCAUCAGCAGCGUCAGUUGCCGCCUCCUACCCAUCGACUCCACCAGUUUCGCCACAGAAAAUCGCUUCAAUAAAGGAUUACGAGGCCAUACCGGCCAUUGGAUCUUAUUUUGAGGUGCGCAUUGCCCUGUCAAUUAAUCCAGCACGUUUUGCGGUGCAACCAUACAAGUGCUACAAUCAACUUCAACGUCUGAUGAAGGAUUUGCAAGCACAUGCCAAGGAGGCGGAGAGAAACAAAGCUAGUGUCACACAAUGUGCCAUAGGACAGGCAUAUGCAGCCCCAGAUUCAGAAAAUAUAUAUCAUCGCGCAACUGUGCAACAGAUCUACGAUGAGAUAGUCCAUGUACGUUUUGUGGAUUUGGGCGAUGAUGGAGUCUUGGCCAAGCAGCAGCUUAUACAGUUGCCAAUGACCAUGCGGGAGUUGCCCAAGAUGGCUAUACCAGCUCAGCUAUAUGGCAUACAAUUGGCUGAUGUGAUCUGGUCACAGGAUAAUUGUCGACGUUUCCGUGAGCUGACUGUAGGCCAAAAAUUCAUUGCCAUUGUGCGUGGGUAUAAUAAAGUAAAAGAUGAGGCACGUGUCUUGUGCCUGGAACUGAUUGAUACAUCGACGCCUCAGGAUAUCAAGCUACACGAAAUUCUCAUCAAUGAGAAACAUGCUCAAGCGGCUGCAAGCUAGACUAACUAAAACAUAAAUUACAAUUUCUGUUUGAUUUGUUUUCAUUUAAACUUAUUAAUUAGUAAUAGGACAUAUUUAUUAUACGACUCGACGACGACAUUCCGAUAUUACACAUAUAUAUAUAUAUAUCUAUAUUGAUCUAUAGACAAA